AGCGCUCUGUUCGACAGUGACAGUGACGACGAGGACCUGUUCCACCCCGCAGCUCGCCCGCUGUCGGGUCGGCCCGGUGUGGGUCGGGUCGGCGCCGUCGCCCCGCCGCCGACCUCUGCCAGUCCUGCGCAGUCCGUCAGUGCUGUGCCGCAGACUGCCAGUCCUCCUGCGCAGUCCGUCAGUGCUGUGCCGCAGACUGCCAGUCCUCCUGCGCAGUCUGUCAGUAUUUCGCCUCAGUCUGCCAGUCCUCCUGCGCAGUCUGUCAGUAUUUCGUCUCAAUCUGCCAGUCCUCCUGCGCAGUCUGUCAGUAUUCCGCCGCAGUGUGGCAGUUCUCCGCCUCAAUAUGACAGUCCUUCGCUUCUGUCCGGCAGUCACCCGCCACAGUCUGACAGUCUUCAUCCUCAGUCGGGCACUCCAACACCCCAGUCUGUCAGUCCUCCGCCUCGUUCCGUCAGUCCGCCUCAGUCUGGCAGCCCAACGCCUCAGUCGGGCAGUCCUCUGCCUCCGUCCAGCAGUCCUCUGCCUCAGUCUGGCAGUCCAGCGCCUCAGACUGACAGUCCUCUGCCUCAGUCUGGCAAUCCAACGCCUCAGGUGGGAACUCCAGCGCCUCAGUCUAGCAGUCCUCCGCCGUCCUCUAGACCCGCUCUCCGGGAGCUGGACAGUGAUGAUGACGGCCCGGUGGUGGACCCCGGCAGCGCGCUCCCGCCGCCGGCCGCGCUCCAGUCGGCCAGUGGGGAGCGGAGCGCUGAUGGUGGCGCCACGCCGCGGCACGGUGCCGAUGCGGCCGGUCGGGACGCGCUAGGCGGCCUGGAGGUCUCUUGGGAGGCCGGACGUGCGAGUGGCGCCGGCGAGGCGCCGGUGGGAGAGAGAGAGGUCAGCGAGAGGUCAGCGUCGGGCGAUGGCGCGCCGACCGCCCCUGGUCCGACCGUCCGCCAGGGGACCCCGGGCGCAGCGUCGGCACCUGCUGCUGGUCCGGGGCCUGCCAAGGUCAGCGGAGGUCUGUUUGACUCGGACAGCGAUGAGGAGGACCUGUUUCAGACGGUGAGGCCCAGACCCAAUGCGUUCGAAACACCCUCCUUCCCUCGAGCGACACAAGUGGAGAAGACAGCGGCGCCAGUGAAGGAGCCGGUGACGUCAGUGAAGGGGCCGGCGACGCCAGUGAAGGAGCCGGCGACACCAGUGAAGGAGCCCUCGCCACCCCUAUCAAAGCCGUUCGGCUCGCUCAAUACAUCUGGACAUAGUCAAGACGCAGGGGAAGUAGGACGCAAUCCACCUGGUGCAGUCGCCGCUGGAGCUGUGAAGAAAGGGCCAGCGCAAAGCAAGUCUGUAACUUCUACGAGUAAGUCCUCGCCUCCGCCAUCCGUAACGACAUCGGCGGAUAGCGCGCCGCAGCGAGGCAGCCUGCGCUCCCGAGCGCAGGCCAAGCCAGUGAAGACGAGCAAGAGCUUAUUCAGCUCGGACAGUGACGAGGAGGAUCUGUUUGAUUCACCAGCCAGCCGCGACGGACCGCCAGCCGCGGCUCCAGCCCCCUCCAGGUCUUCCGGCACCAGCCUGUCCGCCAGGCCCGGCGCCGAAGCGCCAUCCGGUGUCAGGAGCACGCCAACUCCCGCCGCCGCCUCCGCCACUAACGGCAGCGGCAGCCGGGGUGCCGGCCGCCACCCGGUCGGGAAGCCGGGCAAGGCCGCUGUCGCCGCGCCGCCGGCCGCCAGCGACGACGACGACGACCUGUUCGGUAACAGCCGGAACGCGCCCAGCGCCAACGGGCGGACGGCGGCCGACUGG